AUGGCCAAAAAAGCUAUCGAUUCAAGAAUCCCGUCAUUGAUCAGAAAUGGUGUUCAAACCAAACAGAGAUCUAUAUUUGUCAUCGUUGGUGACAGGGCACGUAACCAGUUACCAAAUUUACACUAUUUAAUGAUGAGUGCUGAUCUUAAGAUGAAUAAAUCGGUAUUAUGGGCUUACAAAAAAAAGCUUUUGGGUUUCACUUCACAUAGGAAGAAAAGAGAAAAUAAAAUUAAGAAAGAAAUUAAAAGAGGUACAAGGGAAGUAAAUGAAAUGGACCCCUUUGAGUCUUUUAUUUCUAAUCAAAAUAUUAGAUAUGUUUACUACAAAGAAAGCGAAAAAAUAUUGGGUAAUACUUACGGAAUGUGUAUUUUGCAAGACUUCGAGGCACUCACUCCAAAUCUUUUGGCAAGAACCAUCGAAACGGUUGAAGGUGGUGGUAUGGUUGUUAUUAUGUUAAAGUCUAUGUCAUCUUUGAAGCAACUGUAUACUAUGACUAUGGAUGUUCAUGCGCGUUAUCGUACUGAAGCCCAUGGUGACGUUGUGGCAAGAUUUAAUGAAAGAUUUAUACUUUCAUUAGGUUCCAACCCAAACUGUUUAGUUGUUGAUGAUGAAUUGAAUGUGCUGCCACUGUCUGGAGCUAAAAAUGUCAAACCAUUACCUCCCAAAGAGGAUAAUGAAUUGUCUCCAAAGCAGUUGGAGUUACAAGAACUGAAAGAAUCUUUAGAAGAUGUCCAACCAGCUGGAUCUUUGGUUUCUCUGUCAAGAACUGUAAACCAAGCUCAUGCUAUUCUGUCUUUCAUUGACGCUAUAUCUGAGAAAACCUUGAAUUUCACAGUAGCACUGACAGCUGGGAGAGGUAGAGGUAAGUCUGCUGCUUUGGGUAUCUCUAUUGCCGCUGCUGUUUCUCAUGGCUACUCGAAUAUUUUCGUUACCUCUCCAUCUCCUGAAAAUUUGAAAACGUUAUUUGAGUUUAUCUUCAAAGGGUUCGAUGCGUUAGGUUAUCAAGAACAUAUUGACUAUGACAUUAUUCAAUCAACCAAUCCUGACUUUAACAAAGCCAUUGUUAGAGUUGAUAUUAAGAGAGAUCACAGACAAACUAUUCAAUACAUUGUUCCUCAAGAUUACCAAGUUUUAGGUCAAGCUGAAUUAGUUGUCAUUGAUGAAGCAGCAGCUAUCCCAUUACCAAUCGUCAAAAACUUAUUGGGACCAUAUCUAGUCUUCAUGGCAUCCACUAUUAAUGGUUAUGAAGGUACCGGUAGAUCUUUGUCUUUGAAACUAAUUCAACAGUUACGUAAUCAGAACAACACUUCUGGUCGUGAAGGCACUCAAACUGCUAUUGUUUCAAGAGAUAAUAAAGAAAACGACUCUCAUUUACAUGCUCAAUCCCGUCAGUUACGUGAAAUUGCCCUAGACGAGCCAAUCAGAUAUGCCCCUGGUGAUCCAAUCGAAAAAUGGUUAAACAAACUUUUAUGUUUAGACGUUACUUUGAUAAAAAACCCAAGAUUUGCAGCAAGGGGAACACCUCACCCAUCUCAGUGUAAUUUGUUUGUUGUUAAUAGGGAUACUUUAUUUUCGUACCACCCUGUUUCAGAAAAUUUCCUGGAAAAAAUGAUGGCGCUUUAUGUUUCUUCUCAUUAUAAGAAUUCACCAAAUGAUUUACAGUUGAUGAGUGAUGCCCCAGCACACCAACUCUUCGUUCUUUUACCACCAAUUGACCCAAAAGACGGUGGUAAAAUUCCCGAUCCACUAUGUGUCAUUCAAAUAGCAUUAGAAGGUGAAAUUAGUAAAGAAAGUGUCAGAAAUUCAUUGUCUAGAGGCCAGAGAGCUGGCGGUGAUUUGAUUCCUUGGUUAGUUUCUCAACAGUUUCAAGAUGAGGAAUUCGCUAGUCUAAGUGGUGCACGCAUUGUCAGAAUUGCUACCAAUCCAGAGUAUGCUUCCAUGGGCUACGGCACUCGUGCAAUUGAGUUACUAAGAGACUAUUUUGAGGGAAAAUUUACAGACAUGUCUGAAGAUGCUCGUCCAAAGAAUUUUUCUAUAAAAAGAGUGAGUGAUAAGGAAUUAACAAAAAGUAACCUACUAAAGGACGAUAUUAAAUUAAGAGAUGCAAGGACGUUACCCCCUUUACUAUUGAAGCUUUCUGAAUUACCUCCUCACUAUCUACAUUAUCUGGGUGUUUCAUUUGGUUUAACGCAAUCAUUGCAUAAAUUCUGGAAAAACAACAGAUUUGUUCCUGUCUAUUUACGUCAAACUGCAAAUGAUUUAACUGGUGAACAUACGUGUGUUAUGUUGAAUGUUUUGGAAGGUAGAGAACCAAACUGGCUUGUUGAAUUUGCCAAAGAUUUCCGUAAAAGAUUUUUGUCGCUUCUUUCUUAUGAUUUCCAUAAGUUUACUGCUGUUCAAGCUUUAAGUGUCAUUGAAAGUAGCAAGAAAGCUCAGGAUUUAUCUGCUGAAGAAAAAUAUGAAAGUAAAGAACUGACACGUACAAAACUGGACGACAUUUUCUCUCCAUUUGAUCUGAAAAGAUUAGACAGCUAUUCGAAUAACUUGCUGGAUUAUCACGUUAUCGUUGAUAUGAUACCUAUGCUUUCUCUUUUGUACUUUGGUGAUAAAAUGGGUGAUUCAGUAAAACUCUCCAGCGUACAAAGUGCUAUUUUGUUGGCUAUAGGACUACAACGUAAAAACGUAGAUUCCAUUGCGAAGGAAUUGAACCUACCUUUCAAUCAAACUAUCGCUAUGUUUGCAAAGAUCAUGAGAAAAAUGUCACAAUACUUCCAUCAACUGUUAAGUCAAUCUAUUAAAGAAACUCUACCUGAUAUUAAAGAUGAAGCUAUAGCUGAAAUGGAUGGUGAAGAAAUCAAAAACUACAACGCUGCAGAAACUUUGAAUCAAAUGGAAGAGGAUUUGGAAGAGGCUGGUUCUGAAGCCGUUCAAGCUAUGAGAGAAAAACAAAAAGAGCUAAUCAACUCCUUGAGUUUAGAUAAAUAUGCGAUAAACGAUAAUAGUGAGGAGUGGAUUGAAUCGCAAAAAUCUUUAGAGAAAGCUGCAAAAGCUAAAGGUAUUGUUAGUUUGAAAACUGGUAAAAAGAGAACUACAGAAAAGGCUGAAGAUAUAUAUAGACAAGAAAUGAAAGCCAUGAAAAAGCCAAAAAAGUAUAAGAAAAGCGCAAAUUAA